GCGAUGUCACUUGUCGGCGCGCUUGUGAAGAAGUUCCUGGCACUGGAAAAGUACUUUGUGAAAGACAAGGGGAUCGUGACGCCGCAUGCCGGCAAGCGCUCACUCCACGUUGAACAGGGCGUCUUGAAUCCCGAGCUGCUUGCAGGGUUGCCGCUCAAGCUCGUGGACAGCUGUGUCAAUUUCGAUGCUUCUGUGAGUUUCAAAGAGGAUCAUCCGAACAGAGUCCAAAGCCACCAUGGCAUCUCGCUAGAGAUCGAAGUCUUGUCCUCUCCCUACAAAGAGGAGGGGAGGGACGAGGCUCUGCUGCGCCUGCGGCGUCGGAAGGUCCGACUGCUUUCCGGGCUUGCUAUUACAUGCUACCUCUAUGCGACUCCUACUCCCACAAUGAGCCCUACUACUAUUUCUGCUGCUACAACAACAACACUACUACUACUACUACUACUACUACUACUACUACUACUCCGAGGGCCAACACCAGUACUACCAGUGAUACCGGUACUACUAGUAGUAGCAGUUCUGCUAGUACUACAAAUACUAUCGAGUACUACCACAGCGACAGCGCCGCCCAAGACACAGUUGUUGUUUCGCGAGUGGACCCGUGAUAUCUUAACUUUGAAGCGCACUUUCUUAUCAAAAUACUAUCCAAUCAAAAUCCUAAAAAAUCAGGCUCACGCAAAAACGACUGCGGGAUUCGAGCCAGUGAUUAUCCCAGACAUGGGUUAUAUAGUUAUAUAUGUGCUUGACAACUCAGGCACGGCAUCCUUUGAACCUCUACCAAGCCAUACUCGAUUGACUGUAAAGCCUGUAUUGAGCCCUUACCAGAACCUCCCUGAAUAA